AAGCACUAGGAUUGUAAACAUCAACCUUAUAUUUGCUAUUUCAGCCAGGCGGAAUUGGGAGUGAAAUAGGAAGUAGCACAGUGCUAUUUUCUAAGUUCAUAAUCUUAAUCCGUUUGUACGUGUAGCCGAUUGCUAUUAAAUUACACUCAUAUUGACUUUAUCUCUUGUUUUGGAUCAGAAAGAAGAGAAAGAUGACAGUUUCAACAGCUACGACCUCCUGCAGCACCAGCUAUUUGGCUAAUCAGCAGCAGACUGGCACCGAAGAGCAAACCAAGCUGCACUCUCUAUUUCGUGCUGGUGUGCACACAGUGGGGGCUGCUUUUGGAUCUGCCUAUGUCGAACUUGGCGGAAGCAAAGUGAUAGCCUACUACCGUGGACGACGAGACCGUAGGAAUCGCGUACUGGAUUUGAGUGUUCGAGGGUUCAUGGACAACAGCAGCUUUGGCGACCAAGCCCAGACCACUUAUCCUGGCACGACGGUUCCCGUGGGAAGGGCGACCACUUAUCCUGGCACGACGAUUCCCGUGGGAAGGACGACCCCUGACGACUCAAGAACGACAACGCCAUCUACAGCUUCUGUUGAUGCUAACAACACCAAGUCCCUACGUGUAGUCCGACGACGAGCGAUGGAUGUUCUCAAGUCACGUGUCGAGAGCGUCUUGUUGCAGUCUCUGGUUUCCGAGAGCUGCCAUACGAAAAAAGCAAGUAAUAGUUCGUCCGGAGCCUUGAUGUUGGACUUGAUUGUUUUGCAAGCCUCAGGUAGUUGUACUUCAGUGCUGUCCUCUAGCAAUGCUGCCAACAUGAUGGAGAUGGACAAUGUUGAAGCUCUACCUCCAGUGGCAACUCUCGAUAUCCUCUCCAGUGCAAUGACAAUGGCCUGCGGCUUAGCAUUGGCGAAUGCGUCCGUUCCAAUGCUGGAUAUGCCUGCUGUUGCUUUGAGUACAAACCUGGUGUAUGCCGAAGUAGCUGGCGCAGUGGCCCUCGUGGAUGGUGGACCCCUGACUCCUGAACUCUUGCUCAGUGUGCGACAGGAGACAGAUCGGUAUCGAUUGGAGAUGCGAGAAGCACUGAAAAGAGACUUGUUAGUUGAUGGGUGUUGAAAUAAUUGUGAGACCUCGUCAUGAUCUCGUCCUUAAUGAAGCUCAAACUGAUAUGAGCAACGCAUUCGCCCCCCUGUCGACAAGGACAAACCUUAUUGCAUGAAACUUUUCCACCAAAUUCCCCACUUCUGGUGAAGAUUCGACUCAAGAAGAUGAAGGUCCCAUUGACACUGAG